AUGAAGCCGGAUAUAACAGCCCAUGGAGUAGAUAUAUUGGUAGCAUACUCCGAUAUUCCUAAACUUGCAGAUAAACAGUCAGUUGAAUAUAUUAUAUUAUCAGGAACCUCCAUGUCUUGCCCCCAUGUUGCUGGAAUUGCUGCUUAUGUUAAAAGUGUUCACCCUGCCUGGUCUACAUCAACCAUCCAAUUUGCUCUUAUGACUACUGCUCGGCCCAUGGAAGUUUCCACAAAUCUACUAGGUGUACUCGGUUUUGGGUUUGGGCAUGUCGAUCCAGUUAAAGCUACAAGUCCUGGUUUAGCAUAUGAAACCUCAACAGACGACUACACACAAAUGUUGUGCAACAUGGGUUACAAUACAACAUUGUCAAAGCCUUUUAAAGUAGAGUUUCCAAGAACAGUUACAAAUGUGGGCAACUCAAGCUCUACAUAUAAAGCAGAAGUCGUUUUAGGAAAACAACCACCAAUGAAGGUCGAAGUGAAUCCUUCCAUGCUCUCCUUCAAGUUAGAAAAUGAGAAAAAAUCUUUUGUUGUGACUGGUACUAGGCAAGGAAUGACAAGCAAGAGUCCGGUGGAGUCAGGGACACUGGUAUGGUCUGAUGGCACUCAAACUGUGAGGAGUCCCGUCAUCAUCUACACUGACAUGUACUGA